AUGGUCGGCUGGGACGGCCCUGAAGAUCCCCUGAACCCUGCCAAUGCAACUGUUAGGCGGAAACUAUUUAUGACUUUUUUGGUAUCUCUCAUUGCUAUCUCUGUUACAGCAGCGUCUGCAAUUGAUGCUUGUGGCGUGCUACAAUACAGUGAAGAUUUUGGUGUAACUGACGUGGUUGGAUCUCUAGCAACAGGUCUCUUCCUUGUCGGGUUUGGUGCCGGGUCACUCCUCUCAGGCCCAUUCUCCGAGACAUUUGGACGGAAUGCAGUUUAUCUCAUAACGAUGCUUCUUUUCUUGAUUUUCAUCAUGGCCUCCGCGCUCGCCCCAAAUCUCCACAGCCAUCUUAUCUUCCGGUUCUUUGCAGGGUUCUUUGGGUCGACUCCCCUAAGCUGCGCUGGAGGAACAGUCGCUGACCUCUGGGAUCCAGCACAAAAGGCAUAUGCAUUUCCCGCCUAUGCAAUCCCAGCGUUCUCAGGACCAAUGAUUGGCCAAAUUAUCGGUAGCUAUAUUCCACAAACACUGGGGUGGCGCUGGUUGGAAUGGAUCAUGCUGAUUAUGGGGGGCGUGAUCCUCAUCAUUGUUCUUCUCCUUCAACCCGAAACAUACGGAAGCCUUCUCUUGCACUGGAAGGCGAAGAUCCUUCGCAAGGAAACUGGUGAUAAACGAUAUCGAGCACCGAUUGAAAUGAAGCGUGAAAGUUUGGGACGUCGUCUCUUGACGUCUGUUUACCGCCCAUUUAUCUUGUUUUAUUCCGAGUUGAUUUUGAUCUUGAUGUCGCUAUAUCUGACGGUGGUUUAUAUCGUCCUAUUCACUUUUCUGGAGGGCUACACAUUCAUCUUUGCCGACACAUACGGAGUAUCGCAAGGAAUUACUAAUGUCGCCUGGGCCGGUAUGCUAUGUGGGAUUCUCCUGGUGACGUGUAUCGUCCCAUUAGUAUACUCGUGGACGGCAAAGGAGUACCGGAAAACUUCCACAAUUGUGCCUGAAACACGGCUUUGGUAUGCGAUGCUCGGAGGUGCUCCCGCUGUCCCAAUCAGUUUAUUCUGGAUGGGAUGGACUUCCAACUCAUCCAUCUCGAUUUGGUCUCCGCUCAUUGCUUCGGCUCUUUUUGGAUAUGGCAUUACGACAAUUUUCAUUGUCGCUUACAUGUAUGUCAUUGACUCUUACGGAGUGUAUUCGGCGUCGGCUCUGGGAUUCCUGGUCUUCACACGUUAUGUUGUUGCGGGUGGUAUGACGGUUGCUGGAGUCCCGAUUUACCGUUCUAUCGGAGUCCAGUAUACCUUGACGAUAUUGGGAUCGAUUAGUGGAUUGAUGGCAUUUAUUCCUUAUUUGCUUUUUAUCUAUGGACCCAAGAUUCGGAAGUACAGCAAGUAUGCUGUGAACACUGACAAGCAGUGA